AUGCUAGCAGCCUCUUCCCCUCUGCUUGGCUGUGAUUGGUUCAGGCUCGAUUGGGGUGGACCAAUCACAGAAGCCGGCCCCAGACUGGCCUGUUGGGAAGGCCUGAUGCCUCCGUGGGCCAGUGGGCUACGGAGCGAGCCAGCAAGAGGCGACAGCAUGUACGGCCUGAUAAUCGAGGGCGUGAAGCACUUUGUGGACACCGUGUACGGUGAGGACGUCUGGCCGAUACUGCUAGAGCUGGCCAAUGUGCGGAAUCGCGAGUUCCAGACUCGGUCCGUCUACCAGGAGACCAUAAUCGAGCGGCUUAUGGUGGCUCUUGCUAAGAUGAUCGACUCCACGCCGGCCGAUCUGCUCUACCAGAACGGCAAGCAUUUUGUCACCUUCAUGUGCGAAGCCGGCUACCAAAAGCUGUUGCGUGUGUUGGGCCGUGAUUUUGUCAACUUCAUGCACAACCUGGACAAUCUACACGAGUAUCUGCGCUUCUCCUACCCGAAGAUUCGACCGCCCUCGUUUGUAGUGAUCUCCGAGACACCGAAGCAAAUCGAAUUGCAGUACUGCACCAAGCGCAAUGGCUAUGCGCCCUACGUCAGCGGCCAGUUGCAGGCGAUAGCGGAAAAAUUCUAUAACAUUGGCCUGACGGUCGAAAUCGUCUCCACCAACCGCGAGGGCAUCCUCUACACAACCAUCUUUCGACUGUUUAACAAUACCGGCGAAUGGCCAAUCGAAGUGGUCGACUCGUCGGUCUGCAUUGUAACGGAGCCGAGUCUGAAUCUCAAUAACUCGGAGGACUACAACAACUCCAGCAUUGUGCCCUGGGAGAGCAGUUACAUCAAUAGCGACGAGUUCUUUGACAUUUUUCCCUUCCACCUCGUCAUUAACGAAAACAUGCAACUGGCCCACGUGGGCAGAGGCUUUCUAUAUUUGGACAAAACUCUACAGGGCCUGAGUUUCAACGACAAGUUCAUCAUUGCCAGGCCCUUCAUAGAGCCGACUAUGAAUCUGAUUCGCCUGUAUCGUCACAACAACUUCGAACUAGUUCUUUUGGUCAGCGAAGAUGUUAAGAAGCCUAGCUUGGUCAGGCUGAAGGAGGACCGGUCUCUUACUCAUUCUCAAGAGAGCUGUAGGUCCUCUUAA